AUGGGCGUCUUCUCACAGGUGUACGCCAUCGUAUGGAAAGACGUGUACGUGCAGGCGAUCAAACGACACUACCUCGUCACCACAUUCGAGGUGGCCAUGAUCUUCCUCGCGUUCCUGGGCGUGGAGCGCGACCGUCCGCAGGUGGCGCCACCAACCCCGUGCGCCAAGCCACCCUGCCUCCGGCUCAGCGCGCCCCGCGACUACCCCGAACGCAACGAAAGCGAUUUCAGGGCACCCCAGCUGAUCCUCUACGCGCCGCGAGAACCCAACGAGAAGCUCGUCAAGACCGCGUUUCCCGCAGGCGGCCGCGUGAGAGCUCUGGGCUACGACACCGAGGAGGACCUGCUGCGCGCCUUCUACCACUUCAGCCCGAGGCCCAAGCGCGGGCCCGAGCAGCGCGUCGUCGCACUCGUCUUCGGCGAUACCCGUGGCAAGGGGAAGAACGACCUCGAGUUCACCGUUCGCUUCUUCGACGACGCCCACUACAUCACGCGACGCAACAAGGUGUUCGCGCUCUUCAGCACGCUGCCCAACCCGGUGACGCAGCGCGAGAGCGUCGCGUACUGCCAGAUCGCGCUCGUGCGCGCCAAGACCGAGCUGAUGCGUCAGGCCGGCGGUGAGGAGACCGCCGCUCGGCGCGCGUACCGAAUGACGACGCGUCGGUUCAGCGAGGGCCCGCUACCCGAAGACGCCCUGUCCGAACUCUGGAUCAUGGCAGUGCGCAUCGGCGUCGGCUACCUGGUCACCUUCUGCACGCUCGUCGGACGGCUCGCCGAGGAAGCGCAGACCGGAAUGCGCGAGAAGCUGCGACUGGCCGGUCUGCACGACGCCAUAUACUGGCUGGGACACUUCAUGGCCGCCAUGUUCAAGGGUCUCGUCAGCAUCGCCUGCAUCAUGGGCUACAUGACGAUGGUAGAGAGGGAGGAGAACGGCCGGACCACCACCUUCCUCGAGGGCACCAACAAGAUCGUGGUGUUUGUGUCCCUGGUGCUGUUCAGCUUCCAGUACGUCACCACGGCCAUGGUGCUGUCGCUGUUCUUCGCCAACAACACGGUGGCCAUUCUGUUCGGCAUGUGCUACUGGAUAACGGCGUACGCCGCGCCCUGGCUGGCGCUGGAAGAUUUCGACGGCCUGUCGGCGCACUACAUCAUGCUCACUCGUUCGACCAAACUAACGACUUCGCUGCUGCCGUGCAUGGCGCUGCACUGGUGCUACCGCAUCAUUGGGUGCGCCAACGUGGUCGAUGAACAGUACAGCCUGUCAUCCGUGUCUAAGUACGUGCUCGAGCUGGACAACGUGACCAUGCUGGAGAUCUGGACUGUGAUGGUCGCGUACAGCGCGCUCAUGUGCGUCGCCAUCUGGUACCUGGGCAACGUGCUGACGUGGGCCCGCGGGGUGCCGCUGGCUCCCUGGUUCCCGGUCUCCUCAUCGUACUGGCUUCCCAGCCGCCAGGGUGCAUUCGAGAAACUGCCUCCGGCAGCACAGGACGGCGUCCACUUCGAGCAGUACCCGCCCGACAAGGAGGAGGCCGUCUUCGUAAACAGACUGGAGUACGAGAAAGAGCACACGCACGUCCUUCGCGACACCAACUUCAAGGCGUAUCCCAACGAGCUACUGGUGGUGAUCGGUCCAAGCGGGUCGGGCAAGUCGUCACUGGUGAGGAUCGUUACCGGCAUGCAGAAGCCCAGCGGCGGUCAGGUCAUCGUCGAGGGCUUCGACGUGACCAGCCAGACUGCAAGCGCCCGCGCCAGCAUGGGCGUCGUGCUGCAGAGAGCAGUGCUAUUCGACGACCUGACGGCCUACGAGCACCUGCUCUUUUUCGGAAGACUUGGAGGCCUGGUCGAUGAGGCGCUGGUGCACCGCGCCGUAGUAGUGACAGAUAUGAUGUUACUGACCGAGCUCGCCUCUACGCUCACAUUCAACAUGACCACAUCGGCCAAGAGGCGACUAGAUCUGGCAAUUGCCAUCCUCUUGAACCCAAGGGUGCUCAUACUUGACGAGCCCGUGUUCGGCAUGGACAUCGAGUCCCGCUACAAAGUACGGGAAGUGUUGAACAACGUCAAGCAGAAGACGUGCGUCGUGGUGACGACGUCGGACAUCGACGACGUAGGCACGCUGGGCGACCGAGUCGCCAUCCUGGGUCAUGGAGGUCUGAAGUGCUUCGGCACGCCCGCUUUCCUGCGCUGGCGUUACGGCUGCGGCUACAAUUUGCAUGUCACGAAGGCGCCCAACUUCCAGACCAAUCGUCUCGUCCUCGCGCUCAGGGAGGCCUCCAAAGAUGCGCGCCUGCUACAGGACCACAAGCGCUUCGCGAUCAUGAGCCUGGGAGAGCAGCAAGACUACGGCCCCGUGUCGGACGCGCUGCUGAUCGUCGAGCGCAGGCAGGCUGAGUUCGCCAUCCAGUCGUACAAGGUGUGCGUCACCACCAUGGCGGACGUCUUCCUGCGCGUCGUCAUGGAGAUGGACGCCGGCAGCCUGGAGAGCAAGCGGCGCGCCGCCGCGCUCAACAGGAGCCGCCAGAGCAGCGGCACGCAGGGGACGGGCAUGACUGGCACGCAAAUGGUCGAGCACACCGAGGGAAACAUGGUGAUGCCCACCGCGAACGUCGGGGGCCUCACGCACGAGGAGCUUGACAAGUACGAGUCGUCGGUGGAGAUCGCGCAGCACGUGCACGCGCUGAACGACCUGGCGGCGGGCAUGCCCCGCACCGGCCAGAUCUUCCUCGCCAUGCUGUUCAAGCGGCGCCAGUACAUGCGCCAGACGCUGUCGACGCCGCUGGCCUGCUGGCUGCUGCCUUCGUUCCUCAUGUUCCUCGUGUGCCGCUACGAGGCCGGUGGCCAGGAACAACUGGCGUUGCGCUUCGGGGCCGACCGGCUCGUGUACGACCUCGGAAGGCUGCAGCCGCACACGGACGUCUUGCUGGCACGCGACAGCGCAUCCUCCGAGGUGGUGUGGUUAGAUUUCGUGAUCAUGAUUCUCGCUUUGCGUCAGUCCGCGCCGUCCGACCAUGAAUUGCCCGAUGUCCGCCCUCCGCAGCUGGCCGACUCUUUCUACCGGCCAUACGCCCACUCCAAGUCACUCACUGUGCGCACCGUGCCCAGCAUGGACAAGUACAUGGCGAAGCUCAAGCAGGACAGGUCGGCCCCCAUGGACGCACUCGCGGGAGCGCAGUUCGUGGCCGAAGACGGAGGCGCCGCCAAUGCUGCCGGCGGGCGGGCGGUCGUCUGGUACCACGGCGACGCCUAUCACACGCAGUCGGCGUCGGCAAACCUCAUUGGCACAGCGCUGCUGCGCUGGGCGUCAAACGACCACACGGCCUCGAUGCUGUCCAUGCUGCUGCCGAUGCGGCGUCACAACUACAGCAUCUACUCGCGAACGCUGCGCCGCUACGACGUGGCCGAGGAGCUUCACAUGGUGCUGUCCCAACGCUUGAUGCGGUUCAUGUUGCUGCCGGCGGCCAUGUCGGUAACGGCGGCCAGCUUCGUGCUGUUCGCUAUCGAGGACCGCGUGAGCAAGUCCAAGGAGAUGCAGCUCCUGUCGGGCGUGCCCCCUCUGGUGUACUGGAUGGGCAACUACGUCUGGGACAUGCUCAUGUCCCUCAUCUCGCUCGUCUGCAUGUUCUUCCCGAUCACGCUGUGCUUCCCGCAAUUCAUCAGCGUAGCUCCAGCCGUGAUAAGCAUCUUCUUGGCCUACGUGCACAGCGUCUUAGCGUUCGUCUACUGGUUCUCCUUCUUCAUGGACUCCACGUUGGCUGGCUUCAUCCUCGUCAACAUCAUCACGUCUCUCACCGGCACGGUGGCCGGCCUGACCUACCAGCUGUCUCUGAUCGGGAAUGAGAAGGGCUCCGAGCUGCUGAUGUUGGACCCUCCGCGGGACCUGCUCCUCUGGCUGCUAUACCUGCUGCCGCCUUUCUCAUACACCUGGGCGCUCAUCAAGACCAUGGAGAAGCUGUCCGAGGAGCCCUACUGUAUCGGCGACACGAUCGACGUGCGCGACGUGUGCGCUUACGUGCACAACAGCCUGGACGAAGGCGCCGUGCUGCUUCCGAACCUGCGCUACUGCUGCGCCAACUUCUACGCCUCCAACAUGACCAGCGUCCGCUUGCUGCCGUCCUUCUCUUUUCACAGGUAUUUGAGAGCUCCUUAUGUUGCGCCGCUCUACCAAGUUUAUUUGCCGCUUUGCAAACCUCGCUACCGGCCGGCACUCCCCUUGUGUGGCCCUCUCAGAGAUGGCAUCUUGACUGAACUGCUGGUGAUGCUGGCCGAAGGAUGCGUUCUGCUCCUGCUCUUGGCGCUGUACGAGAAAGGCUUCUUCCGCUCCUGGGACCCCGGCCGCGUAGAUGAAGUCGUGGCAGCUUCCAGCACGAUCUCCGCCAAGGACGUGCCUGUAGACGUGGCAACCGAAGCCAGGCAUGUGCACAAGGCCAUCGCGGCGCAUGACCUGAACAAGCCGGCACUGCUGGUGCUGGACCUGAACAAGCAACUGCAGUCGAUUUCCGUGCUACGCGGCCUCACCUUCAGCGUGGAGCCCGGCGAGGCUCUGGCGGUGGUAGGCCUGCGCGGCUGCGGAAAGUCCACGUUGCUCGACGUGCUCUCGGGCAGCACGCAACCCACCUCUGGCACGGCCCUAAUUGGGGACGUGCCAUUGCAGAAUCGGGCCGAGUGGGAGCAGCGCAUCGGUGUCUGUCCCUCGCACGACAGCGUGCUGGGCCGCCUCACGGUGCGCCAGACGCUGCAGUUAUAUGCGAACAUCAGGGGCAUUCGGCCGCAAGACAUUGACCGCCUCCUGGAACACCUUGUCCUACUGUUGAACCUCACACAAUCCGUCGACGAGACGACCGAGUCUUGCGGCGCCGUGACGCGCCGCAAGUUGGCCGUGGCCAUUGCCAUCAUCGGGCUGCCCUCCGUAGUGCUGAUGGACGACCCAGCCACCGGGCUGGACCUGAUGUCCAAGCGCAAGAUCUACCGCACAGUCGCCCUGCUCCGCCAUCUGGUCAAGUCGGCCGUUCUCAUUGUGACGCACAGCGUGAGCGACUGCGUCGUCAUGUCCGACCGCAUGGCCGUCAUGCGGGAAGGCCGCUUCCAGUGCCUCGGCGCCGUGAACGAACUGCGCGAGCGCCUCUCGGCCGGCACCGUGCUGCUCGUCAGGCUUGCACUGGACAGCAGCGGCGACGCGGAGGUGCUUAAGCUGGUGCACAUGCUCGUGCUCAAGACGUUCCCCGACGCCAAGUACAACGGCUGGCUUGGCCGCUCGCUGGAGUAUGCGGUAACUCUCUCGGCGCCCUGGAGUCAACUUGUGCUGAGGGUUCGCGAUCUGCACUUGCAGAUGGUCAAUAACGUCACCGACGUCGUCCUCACAGACAUGACGCUUGAGCUCGGGCUGCUCAAGGUGGUCAAGUACCAAAAGCCCAAGCGGGCUUCCACGCCGGCUGAAGACGUUGUCGUCUAAAGACGUGCUGUGUAGAUUAUAUCGCGGCAUAUCUCACGAUUGCUGCACGAGGAGCGCACCCAAGCGGAAUAAAACUUUAUUAUACUGUUUGAAAGGAAGAUGCGCUCUCACACUGCCAUGUUUUUGUACGUACGACUGGCACUUUAUCACAGCACUUUGAAGUCAAGCUUUGUUAGC